UAUUGAGAGCAAACAUGAAGUCACAAUCUUAGGAGGACUCAAUGAAUUUGUUGUGAAGUUUUAUGGACCACAAGGAACACCAUAUGAAGGUGGAGUAUGGAAAGUUAGAGUCGACCUUCCUGAUAAAUACCCUUUCAAAUCCCCGUCUAUAGGAUUCAUGAAUAAAAUUUUCCAUCCCAACAUUGACGAAGCGUCAGGAACUGUAUGUCUAGAUGUAAUCAAUCAAACUUGGACAGCUCUCUACGAUCUCACCAAUAUAUUUGAAUCGUUCCUGCCCCAGCUGCUGGCGUAUCCAAACCCUAUAGAUCCUCUAAAUGGCGACGCUGCAGCCAUGUACCUCCACCGACCAGAAGAGUACAAACAGAAAAUUAAAG